GUAUAUUCAAGCAGAUGGCGCCACUAUCGCAACAUUUGUUUACCAAAUUUUUGUUGCAAAAAUGUCUGAAUUGGUCUCUAAAUGUGUCCUCCGUGUGGAAGUGAACGAUGAAAGCGCUGAUGGAGGGGCUGAGGCUUCUAAUGAAGGGGCUAAAACGGGGCGCAAAUCGCGUGAUAUCAGUGUGGAGACGUUCCCUAGUCGGUUGGAGAGUCCUCGAGAGGAUUGGGGGCUCCUUCCUGUAUGUUCCCGUGAAACAACCCCCUUGACCGAACCUGAAGACGCCAAAAGCGAAAUAGGGUUUUUUAGUGGUAAUCCUUUUGUUGAGAUUACUAAAGGAAUUUUGCAUUUGUAUAAGGAAGAUGUUUUAAGUGAUAGGAAGGAGGCUUUGACGCUUUGUUUGCUAGGUGUGCCAACCUCAAUGACAUGUCAUGACUUGUUGGCUUUCACAGCCCCCUGUCAUGCCGAUAUUGCUCAUAUUCGAGUCCUCAGAGACUCCCUACCUAACCAAUACAUGGCCCUAUUAACUUUUAGAACCCACGAGUCGGCUAUGGAAUUUUACAUAACCUUCAAUGGGGGCCCUUUCAACAGUCUUGAACCUGACAACAUCUGUCGAAUUGUUUGGGUGUCUCGUGUGGAGUGGGCCCACGAUGGGGUUCCCCCGCCCGGUCAUACAGAACUCCCCAUUUGUCCCGUCUGUCUCGAACGAAUGGACGAAUCAGUUGAUGGUGUUUUGACAAUUUUAUGCAAUCACGCAUUUCAUGCAAACUGUCUCGAGCAAUGGAGCGAUUCCACGUGUCCUGUGUGUCGCUGUGUCCAGAGCCCCGAACAGGCCGCAAGUUCCGAAUGCGAGCAAUGUGGAAAAGUGGCCCAAUCGGCGGACGCACUUUGGAUUUGUCUCAUUUGCGGGCAUGUGGGAUGCGGCCGGUAUCAAGGGGGCCACGCUGCACUCCACUAUCGCGAAUCGGGACAUUGCUAUGCCUUGCAAUUGGGCUCGCAUCGAGUGUGGGACUACAAAGGCGAUAAUUUCGUUCAUAGACUUCUCCAGAAUAAAGCAGAUGGGAAAUUGGUGCCUUCGGAGGGCCCCCCGUCGGAGGCCGAGUGCGCACAGGAAAAAGUCGACUCGGUUCAGCUCGAAUUCACCUAUUUAUUAACAUCGCAACUGGAGGAACAACGAUUGUAUUUCGAGGAUAAAUUAGCACAGCUUGAUAGUAUUUAUUAUGCAGAAAAUCAGGAAUUAAAAGCGGAAGUGCUCGAAUUAACCGAGAAAAAUAAUAAACUCAAAGCGGAAAUUGUUAAUUUGAAUAAAGAAAAGUUGGCAUUGGAGAGAAAAGUCAAUCAACAGAGUGUCAAAUUAAACACGACUUUAAAUGAUUUAAAUGAGGAAAAACAACUAGGGAAAGCUUUGAGGAAUAAUCAACAACAGUGGCAAACUAAAUUGAGUAAAUUACAGGAAGAAAAGGAUAAUAUGGAGAAAGAAAUAUCAGAAUUGAAGGAACAAGUCCGCGACUUAAUGUUUUUUAUUGACGCUAAACAAGUCAUUGAAAAAUCUGAUGAUCGCGAUGAUAUUGCUGGCGGUACAAUCACAGUGGGGGCCGAGCCGGCAAAAAAUAAAAAGAAAGGGAAAAAAAAGCGUUAAUUAGUGAGAUAAAGCAAUGUAAAUAUUGAAUUUCUCUGUAAUUUAAGUGUAAUAAUUUAUAUCUGUCAUUAAAUAUUUAGAUUAG